GCGUGCUGACGUCACACGCCAGCGCCAGUGACGCGCUGGCCGCUCCCCCUUCCUCUGCAUUCGCGCUAGGGGUUGGGGGCGCUAGGGUGCGUAGUCGUCCGCUCGGAGUCCUAAGCAGUUGUCCGCGUAUCCCCGAGUCCAGAACAAGCGUCGCGAAACAGAAGGACGUGGCAGGCAGGAUGUCAUUUUCAAAAUGCGGGAUGAUGCCUCUGCCUCAUUAAUUGCCAAAGGAAGGUUGCUACACCUAGACCGGUGCUUGUCGAUCAUCACCGUUAUUUCGGCUAACGCCCUGUGUCAUUGAGUAUAUCUGUUAAGAUGCCUUAGAAAAAGAACCAUGGAGAAGUAUAUUAGACUACAGAAGAUUGGAGAAGGUUCAUUUGGAAAAGCUAUUCUUGUUAAAUCUACAGAAGAUGACAGACAAUAUGUUAUCAAGGAAAUUAACAUCUCAAGAAUGUCCAAUAAAGAAAGGGAAGAGUCAAGGAGAGAAGUUGCAGUGUUGGCAAACAUGAAGCAUCCAAAUAUUGUCCAGUAUAGAGAAUCAUUUGAAGAAAAUGGUUCUCUCUACAUAGUGAUGGAUUACUGUGAAGGAGGCGAUCUGUUUAAACGAAUUAAUGCUCAGAAAGGCAUUUUGUUUCAAGAGGAUCAGAUUUUGGAUUGGUUUGUGCAGAUAUGUUUGGCCUUGAAACAUGUACAUGAUCGAAAAAUUCUUCAUCGAGACAUAAAGUCACAGAACAUAUUUUUAACCAAAGAUGGGACAAUACAACUUGGAGAUUUUGGAAUCGCUAGAGUACUUAAUAGUACUGUGGAACUGGCUCGAACUUGCAUAGGGACCCCAUACUACUUGUCACCUGAAAUCUGUGAAAACAAACCUUACAAUAAUAAAAGUGACAUUUGGGCUCUGGGGUGUGUCCUGUACGAAAUGUGCACACUUAAACAUGCAUUUGAAGCUGGCAGUAUGAAAAACCUGGUACUGAAGAUAAUAUCUGGGUCUUUUCCACCUGUGUCUUUACAUUAUUCUUAUGAUCUCCGCAAUUUACUCUCUCAGUUAUUUAAAAGAAAUCCUAGGGAUAGACCAUCAGUCAACUCCAUAUUGGAGAAAGGUUUUAUAGCCAAACGCAUUGAAAAGUUUCUCUCACCUCAGCUUAUAGCAGAAGAAUUUUGUCUAAAAACAUUUUCCAAGUUUGGAGUGCAGCCUAUACCAGCUAAAAGACCAGCUUCAGGACAAAGCUUGGCUUCUGUUGUGUCUGCUCAGAAAAUUACAAAGCCUGCCGCUAAAUACGGAGUACCUUUAACAUAUAAGAAAUUUGGAGAUAAAAAAUUACAUGAAAAGAAACCACUUCAAAAACAUAAACAGGCCCAUCAAAUUCCAGUGAAGAAAGUGAAUCCUGGAGAAGAAAGGAGGAAAAUGUUUGAGGAAGCAGCAAGAAAGAGAAGGUUGGAAUUUAUUGAAAAAGAAAAGAAACAAAAGGAUCAGAUUAGUUUAAUGAAGGCUGAACAGAUGAAAAGACAGGAAAAGGAAAGGUUGGAGAGAAUAAAUAGGGCCAGGGAGCAAGGAUGGAGAAACGUGCUAAGUGCUGGUGGAAGUGGUGAAGUAAAGGCUCCCUUUUUUGGCAGUGGAGGGGCCGUGGCUCCAUCACCUUUUUCUUCUAGAGGACAGUAUGAACAUUAUCAUGCUAUUUUUGAUCAAAUGCAACAGCAAAGAGCAGAAGAUAAUCAAACUAAAUGGAAAGGAGAAAUAUAUGGCCGAAGACAUCCAGAAAGGCAAAAAGGGCAACUAGCUGUGGAAAGAGCUAAACAAGUGGAAGAGUUCCUACAGCGAAAACGGGAAGCACGGCAAAAUAAAGCUCGAGCUGAAGGGCAUAUGGGAAUCCUGCAAAACCUGGCAGCUAUGUAUGGAGGCAGGUCCAGCUCUUCAAGAGGAGGGAAGCCAAGAAACAAAGAGGAAGAGGUUUAUCUGGCAAGACUGAGACAAAUAAGACUGCAGAAUUUCAAUGAGCGCCAGCAGAUUAGAGCCAAACUUCGUGGUGAAAAGAAAGAAGCUGAUUGUUCUGAAGGACAAGAAGGAAGUGAGGAGGCUGACGUGAGGCGUAAAAAAGUUGAAGCACUUAAGGCCCAAGCAAGUGCACGAGCCGCUGUACUAAAAGAACAAUUAGAACGAAAGAGAAAGGAAGCAUAUGAGAGAGAAAAGAAAGUAUGGGAAGAGCAUUUGGUGGCUAAAGGAGUAAAGAGUUCUGAUAUGUCUCCGCCACUGGGACUACCUGAAGCAGGUGGCUCUCCAUCAAAGCAACAGAUGAAAUCUGUUAUUUCUGUGACUUCAGCUUUGAAAGAAGUGGGUAUGGACAGUAGUUUAACUGAUACCCAGGAAACCUCAGAAGACAUGCAGAAGACUAACAAUGCUAUUUCAAGUAAGCGAGAAAUACUCCGUAGAUUAAAUCAAAAUCUUAAAGCUCAAGAAGAUGAAAAAGGAAAGCAAUGUCACUCUGAUACAUGUGAAGUGGUCGUUAGUGAAGAUGCCAAAGAGCCUGAAAAGGAAAAAUCGGUUUCAUCUGAUCGCAAGAAAUGGGAGGCGGGAGGGCAACUUGUGAUUCCCCUGGAUGAGUUAACAUUGGACACAUCCUUCUCUGCAACUGAAAAACAUACAGUGGGAGAGGUUAUCAAAUUAGAUCCUGGUGGGUCUCCAAGAAAAGUCUGGGGGAGAAGCCCUACAGAUUCAGUUCUGAAGAUACUUGGAGAAGCUGAACUACAGCUUCAGACAGGACUACUAGAAAACACAACCAUUAGACGUGAGAUUUCUCCUGAAAGGGAGAAGUACAAACCUUUAAUUACUGGAGAAGAAAAAGUAAAAUAUAUUUCACUUGAAAUGAAUCCAUCAGCUACUGUUGAUUCUUCUGUUGAAACAAACAGUCCAGAGUUUAAUGAGGCAUCUCCACAGACGUCACUGAAACCAGAAGGAAAUGUGGAUGGUAUUUUAAUAGAACCUGAUGGCUUGGAAACAGAAGUUCUACAAGAGCCAGAUGGAGCAAACAAAAAUGGUAGCUUGCCAUGCACGAUUAUUGAUGUAUGGAUUAGUGAGAUAAAAGAUACAAAGGAAACUGAGUUGGAAGAUAGGAUCAUUGUUCAGCAAGAUGAAGUUACUGAAGAUGGAAUCCCGAGGAAUGUGGACCACCUUAGUGAAGUUGAUAUAAGAACUGAAAUAGAUGAUUCUCAGCACUCCAAAUGUGAUGUAGAUAAAUCUGUGCAACCAGAACCAGUUUUCCAAAGAGUGGUUCUUUCAAAACACUUGAACGUAGUCUCUCAAAUUCAGUCAAUUCUGUGUUCACCAGAAGAAUCCUUUCCACUUCGAUCUCGCUCUGAUUCACCACCAAAAAAUAAAAACAAGAAUUCCUUGCUGAUUGGACUUUCAACUGGUCUAUUUGAUGCAAACAACCCAAAGAUGUUGAGGACAUGUUCACUUCCAGAUCUCUCAAAAUUGUUCAGAACACUGAUGGAUGUUCCCACUGUAGGAGAUGUAUGUCAAGACAAUCUUGAAAUAGAUGAAAUUGAAGAUGAGCAUAUUAAAGAAGGACCUUCUGAUUCUGAAGACAUUGUAUUUGAAGAAACUGACACAGAUUUACAAGAGCUUCAGGCCUCUAUGGAACAGUUACUUAGGGAACAACCUGGAGAAGAAUACAGUGAGGAGGAAGAAUCCAUCUUAAAAAACAGUGACAUAGAGCAGACUGCAAAUGGGACAGAUGUAGCAGAUGAGGAUGACAAUCCCAGCAGUGAAAGUGCCCUAAAUGAAGAAUGGCAUUCAGAUAACAGUGAUGGUGAGAUUACUAGUGAAUGUGAAUAUGAUAGCGUCUUUAAUCAUUUAGAGGAACUGAGACUUCACCUGGAGCAGGAAAUAGGCUUUGAAAAAUUCUUUGAGGUUUAUGAGAGGAUAAAGGCUAUUCAUGAAGAUGAAGAUGAAAAUAUUGAGAUUUGUUCAACAAUAGUUCAGAAUAUUUUAGGAAAUGAACAUGAACAUCUUUAUGCCAAGAUUCUUCAUUUAGUCAUGGCAGAUGGAGCCUAUCAAGAAGGCCUCCUUGGAGUUCCCUGUGCUUCUUGGACCUGGAUCUCUACUUCCUUCCCCAGAUAAUGAUGAAUAAUUAUUGGAAAAUUCUUUAAUCCUCAACUGUAUGAAAGCAUUUACAUUUGGCUCAUCAGAAAAACAAGCUGCAGUGGGAAAUAAUAUCAAUUUUAUACAAAUAUCAGAUUUAAGGUGGGCAUGCUGACUGCAUGAAAAAGAUGGAGAAACAUGCCAUUUUUCAAUUAAGAUUCUAGUAUUUUAUCUAUUUUAUUUUGUUCAUUAAGUUCUAUAGUUACCUCUUACAGAAUAUUUAUUAAAUUAUCCAACCAAAGCAUAAGAGACAUUGAUCCAGAACUGGACUUAAUGGUUUUGAAAAAGAUUUACCAGUGCAGUAAGGUAACUUUCAAUUUCAGCAAGUGUGUUUAGGUUGAAAGAAUUACUUAAGUUAUGAAAGAGUUGCCUCUGGUUUUUCAUUUAAAUAUUUAAGCAUGACCUUUUUUUCUCUCUACAUGUUUUCAUAGCCAGCAAUUUGGUGUUAUUAUAAUAACCUUGUCAAGGGCUCUAUUUAAAUUUUUACAUUUUAAAGAUGGAAUUUUUAGCCUUAAAGUUUAUAUUCUCAGUCUUUUUUCAACCAGUGUGUCUCCUGAACUAGCUCAGUGGAACAGGCUAUAGAAAUGGUCUUAGAAAUCAUUGAAAAAAUUGAUUAUGGAAAAAAAGCAAAAUUUUAUUUUCUGAUAUUGAAAAAAGUUGGUUAAUUACUUGAUUCUUUUUAAGGACCAGAAUCAGGAAUAUUAUAUCUAAAAAUCAGUCUGUGAAUUUUAACAUCGACAUAGCAUAUAUCAUAAAUUUGCCCUUUUUGCUUUAACUUCCUCUCGUGUAUAUGCUUCCAAGGCAGUACAGAAAAAGGAGAAAGGAAUCAUUUUUAUUUUGACACUGUGACAGUUUGGGUAACUAAUAUUCCAAAGGGGGGAAAUGUUUGCCUAUUUUAUUUCCAUUAUGGUCAUUAAAAUGAUGGUCACACAGUUUUGACUGCAAUAUGCCAGGUUUCAUUAGAGAUGUCUUAAGUCCAGAUACUUUUAGUAAUAAAAGCAUAAUUUUUGAAACCCAGAGUACAGAGCAGCCCGAUUGGCAUAAUCUGUAAUUUGAACAGUAAAAUCUUAUCUUGCAGCACUA